AUGGGAGAUACAAAGUGCAAAUGUGGUCCAGGUUAUGCAACGCCCCUCGAUGCGGUUCGCAAUGGUCCGGUCGAAAAACUGCUUUAUGUUGUCUGUGUGCAACCGAAUCUGGACGAAGAACAUGGGGACUAUCUUGCCACGGUGGAUGUUGACCCGGCAAGCGCAACGUACUGUCAAGUUAUACAUCGCACGUACACCAAUAGUAAGAAAAAUGAAUUGCAUCACAGCGGUUGGAACACCUGCUCCAGCUGUCACUUUGUUCCGGGGGAUAAGGAAGUACCCACUCGGGACCGUUUAGUAUUGCCAUGUCUGAACUCGGACCGUAUCUUCAUAGUCGAUACCGGAAGCGAUCCGCGAGCUCCCAAGCUGGACAGGGUGAUCGAGGGCGAUGUGUUGAAGCGCGCCAACUGCACCGCUCCACAUACCACCCACUGUCUGCCGAACGGCAACAUCAUGAUCUCGAUCAUGGGUGAUGCCGAAGGUAACGCGAAGGGCGAUUUUGUGGAAUUUGAUAAGAAUUUUCAACUGGUCGGCACAUGGUCACGUGGAGAACGGAAUGCUCUGUGCGGAUAUGACUACUGGUACCAGCCGCACUUUAACGUAAUGGUUGCAUCGGAAUGGGGUGCACCGAAUCUGUUCCGCCGCGGUUACCAUCCUACCGAUUGUGACGAUCGUACGCAGUAUGGUUGUCGAUUGAACUUUUACCGCUGGCAGGAACGGGAACUCUUCCAAACGAUCGAUCUCGGGGACGAUGGAUUGACACCGCUCGAAAUUCGCUUCCUGCACAAUCCAAAAGAGAACCAAGGAUAUGUCGGAUGCGCUUUCUAUGCGAAUGUGUACCGUUUCUACCAGAAGCCCGGUUCCUCAGAGUAUACUGCCGAAAAGGUAAUUGAUGUGCCGGUGAAGAAAGUUCUGGGAGAAAAUGGCGAGAUCGAAAUGAUGGGCGGCAUGAUGACGGACAUCCUCAUCUCGUUGGACGAUCGGUUCCUGUACUUCAGCAACUGGCGCCACGGAGAUGUCCGACAGUACGAUAUCAGCGAUCGGGCACACCCACGACUCACCGGACAGGUGUUUCUGGGUGGAGCGAUACAGAGUGAUUCGCCAAGACGUGUCCAGAACGAUCCGGAAUUGAGCGAACCACCGAAACCGGUGUACGUGAAGAAUCGCCGCCUGUACGGAGGUCCUCAAAUGUUGCAGCUUUCCCUCGACGGACGUCGGCUGUACGUGUCGUCUAGUUUGUUCUCGCCGUGGGACAAGCAGUUCUAUCCGGAGAUGGUUGCAGCUGGUGGUACAAUUGUACAACUGGACGUCGACGUCGAAAAUGGCGGUAUGAAGCUGAACGAGAACUUCUUGGUGGACUUUGCGAAUGAACCAUACGGACCGGGAUUGCCUCAUGAGAUGCGUUAUCCUGGAGGUGAUUGUACGUCGGAUAUCUGGCUAGUGAACGAGUAA